AUGCUUACUGGCCCUUUAAGGACAGCACAGAUCUUCGCUGGUUACCCUAGUGUUCAUCAGAGUUCUGUGAAUGCUUUUAUCGCCGAGGUGUGUGUUAUAUUGCACAUAGUUUGUUACUUUGCGUUAAUGUUAACGGUUAUUGAACGUUUAUUGUUUUAGUUUUUAAACAUUUGAAACAUGAACUUGUAAAGGAUCACUUUUACUAUUAGCCUUAUUUAGGUGACCGCUUCUUUCGUUUUUGCUUUUUUCAUAUCGACUGUUCGAAAGCGGCAUUCCCACGUGAUAGUGAACAAGGUAGUGCAGAGCAUAGCUCUGGCGCUGACUUUAAUGUCAUUAGAUUUCAAUUCGACUACCACUUUGAACCCAGCACGUGAAAUCGGAUCUCGAGCGGCUUCGUUUUUGUUCGGAUACGACGAAAAGGUUUUUAGGUAUGUAUACGAUAUUCGUAUAGGUUUUAUUUUGUCAAUAUAUUAGGGUGGCUGAAUUGAAAUGAACAUGUUCUAAAAUGAAUAGAUUUGAUUUAAUGUUGUUUUAAAAAAUAUUUUCAUGAGAUUAUCAAGUUUAACAUAAACAAGAUAUAUUAAAUGGUACACGUAUUUAGUUAUCGAUCGUCAAAAUGGCUUGUGAUCGUGACUAUAGGACCGUUGAUCGGGGCUACAGUGUCUGCUUGGUUGUGUAGCUGGUUGUCGCAUUGUGGGAAUUCGAAGAAAGUGCGCAACGUGAGCGACAAGACUUGUCAGACACAACCUCACCUGUACGGUGUCCACUUUGACAAUCUGGAUUCACGGAUGUUGUGA